CUGAGUUUUAGGAUUCAAUAUGCUUGCGCGCUGGUUAAUUAACUCAAAUUUUUAACCAAAUUCUAAUUUCCCUCCUAGAAACUGACGCCAAAUUCUAACUUAUCUCUGUAGAGUCCAGAUCAACUCUCCAUUCUUCUCUUCUUCUGUGUUUUUUGCUUCUCAGUCUCCACUAAAAAUAGAGAAAAAAAAACCCAAACCCUCACCCCCUGCCUUCGAUUAACUAUGCAAAAGCCAAGCCGGUGUCUUUUCCAGAUUUGAAUAUAUGCAAGUCGACGAUAACCUAAAUCAGCUUCAAUCUCUUCUCUUCGGAACCGAACUCGCCGACGAGAGAAAAGACUUCUCCUCCGCUCCGAUCUGCAGUCUUCGUCCCACAGUCCCACUCGAUCUCAGCUCGACCAUGCUUUCGUCAGCCUUAUUCUCCGCAAAGCCGUCUCCAAGCUCGGUGAGGCUCGUUGUCCGCGCAUUUCUUAUUCCGAUUGGUACGCCUAUUUCUCUUCCCCUCUCAGAGCUUCGACUCUCUUCACGGUACUAUUUUUCAAGUUGUUUUUUCCUUCGCUCGCUUAAUUAUUGCUACUGAUAGUGGGUUUGCCUUGGAAUCCUUGGAUUGUUGAUUAUGGAUUUUGGGUUCUGUAAUUUCAUACCAGUGAGUUCUUGUUUCCCCUAAAAUUGUUAAUUUUUGAUAUGAUCUGUAUUUAUUGUUUAAUCGUGUAUAUUAGGGUUAUAUUGAUCUUGUUAGGGAUUUGAGUGUGGAAUUUUGGGGAGCGGAUUCAGUUUACGAUUGAAUGUGGAAUUUUGUUAGGGAUUUGAGUACGUGUGGAAUUUUGUUAGGAACGACUGAAUGUUCUAAUGGAGUCUAAAGAUGGUAAAAAGUCUAGCAGUGGUAAAUCCUUAUUCUACGAAGCACCUAUCGGAUACAACAUUGAAGACGUUCGACCCAACGGUGGAAUCAAGAAGUUCAGAUCUGCUGCGUACUCCAACGACAGUAAGCAGUUGAAAAUUUAUUGUGACUAGCAAUGGCUUAGGUAGAUGAUUACCUUCGGAAACAAGCUGCUGAAUUGUUGCAAGCUAUGAAUGGGGGAUACUAUAAAGAGGACAAUAUCCCCUGCCAGAUUGAAGAGGGUCUCUUCUUGGGUUCUUUUGGUGCUGCAAAUGACGAGGAAGAACUAAACAGCACUUUGAUGAGUGUUUCGAUUACAUUGAGGAAGCUAAAAGAUCUGGUGGCAGUGUGCUGGUUCAUUGCUUUGUGGGAAGAUCCAGAAGGGGCAAUGACGGCUUUGCUUCGAAAUCUUGAUCAUUGCAUCUCAAGCUAUUCAUCUGUUAUACAAAAAUCUGAGAUAGAGGAUGUAGAGGAAUGCUUCAAACUUUUUUCUUUGGAAGAGGCGGCUAAAUUUGACGAAGUGACCCUUGCCAAUGUGAACAACUUCAAAAAGCGCUCAAAAAGCCAGUCACCUAAUGCAAUCCACAAAGAAUAUAUAGUGAAGUUGCCCACCAACAGUGGCACUCGUGACUUGAAGAAAGCAUUACAUAAACUUGGAGCCAUUUCCUCGAACAAAAUAAUGAUGAUUUCUUCCAAGGAAGCAAGCUGCUUGUCAUAGAGGAAAAGCAGGCCCUGCAAGCUGACUGCUUCCCAUAUAUGGAACAAUUGUUAUAUUUAUACAAGUCCAUAUCUUGUAUACCAUAUCUUGUAUGGUGCAAGUCUUUUGGCAUCUCUGAAAUUAUACUGUCCAGAUUUGUGCUACUUUAUUCCAACUUUCAACCAAGUUUAUUUUUUGUUGUAUGGAAAUAUGGAAUAAGCAUAUUGAACUUAUUUGUUUGA